UUCAUCUCCGCCGCCUGGAGGACAUACACAGAGCCCAAAUGGUCUGGGAAUAGGAAAUUGGGUUUUCUAGAUCUAGCCACCAUUUAGGGGAAAACCCGAUUAUCCACCAUUGAGGGGAACACUCGAUCAGUCAGCUUGCUUGAGCUCUAAAGAUACAAAACAAGUUUGGGGAUUGAGAUCUAGGGAUAGAUCCACCUACAUAUAAUUUUUAUAUACUCUAACAUAUUAACUGUUUUAUAUGUUUGGGGAUAGAAGAUGCAGAUCACAUUGUUGCGGCCAAAAACCAAUUAUCACUCUCCAUCAAUCAACCGACAAGCAUCAUUCAAAAUAUUUAAACGCAAAUUAAGGGGUGAAACAUACAUCCUCAAAAUGCAUUAUAUGGAUCAUUAUAAAUCAACCAGCAGACAAACUUCACGCCGUCAAAAGCGUGUCAAAGAAAAGACAUGGACAGCAUCAUUCGAAAUAUUCAAACAUGACUUAGGCGAUGAAAAUUACAUCCUUGAAAUGAAUAUUUCGAGCGACGAGUAUGAAAAAAUCGUGUACCAUGUAUUUGUUGUACGGAAGGGUGAAAAACUCGAUAUUGGAGUGAAGAAAAUGUCACAACAACAUACUCAAAACCCAUCAAGAGAUAUAAUAAAUCCACCACUUGAACCAGCUUAUAAUUUAUUUUUACAAGAACGGCUGGAGGGUUGGGAACUCCAAAUAAAAAAGCUUAAUAAUUCAAGUUUCACCGAUAAGGUAUAUGAUUCUACGAUACAUUAUAUUUGUAAUAUUGAUUUUUUUGAAUUAAUAAUGUCAUAUAAAAAUUGCUAUUUUCUAAGACAGUAUUAUAUCCACCUACAAGACUCGUUCACUGAAAGAGUUGCGUUGUCUAUGCUCUAUGGAUGUGAAAUGAAACAUCUAAGUGAAAAGGAAAGGACAUCAAAAAAAAUACGAGUUGGAGAUCUCUUCAUGGCCUUGGCCUUUGAACAAUACAAUAGUAGAUCAAUUCACAUUUAUUAAUUUUCUAUUGUAAAUUAUAUGAUUAAUAUUACCCUAGCAAUAUAUAUGUGUGUGUAAAUAUGUGAUGAGGUUAUGAGGAAUGGAUUUUGUAUUUUAUUUCAUCUUUGCAUUUUUCCUUUAAUUUUCAUUCCCAGAUUUAAUUUCUGUUUCUGUAUUUUUCUAUA